ACCUCACAACAAAUUUCGGUAGAAAUUCAUUGUGGGCUGCAUGAAAAAUGUUCCUCCCACAAAAACACUGUCGCACAUUUUUAUCGAACGUAUCGAAAAUUCAGUUUGCAAGUUGUCAACAAAAAAUCGUCGAACCAGGGCCUAAAGCUGAGCAUGGAGAGAGCAAAAAGUCGACUGACACAUCAUCGAGCUUUAACGAUCGGAUUGAAGACGAUUGCACAAGAAAUCGUGGUGAUGUGAAAAUCGGAAUAAUUGGAGGCGGAAUGACGCCGAUCUAUGCGUCUUUGCUUCUUAAACAGUGCAAACUGAUCGAAAGAAUUAACAUCGCCGAUCCCAAUGACGAACUUGCCAACGCCGCAAAUGAUUGCAGUCACAUUGACACCUCGACGAAAAUCAAAUAUUACGGCAGGUCAUGCUUAACCGAAGCUCUUCAUGACGUUGAUAUCAUUGCUUUGAUGGACGAGAAAGAUUUUAGCUUGGGGAAAUUGGGCCCUUUCGAACAAUUUUCGAAGACGUCGAGUUACAUCAGUAAAAUGGCGAAUUGUAUGGCACAGACGUGUCCGUCAGCGUUAGUGGCAGUUUUUGCGAGACCGGUGACUGCGAGUCUACCAAUGGUUUCAGAAGUUUAUAAUUUUUACGGGUGGUGGGAUCCCAACAGAAUUAUUGGUUCAUGCGCCAUCGACGCGAUGAGAAUCGAAUCGAUGACUGCUAAUUUGUUCGACCUGAAUCCGUCGUAUUUGUCUGUUCCUAUCGUGGGCGGUGCAGAUCCGUGCACCGUUGUCCCGAUAUUGUCAAAAGCCAAACCGUACAAUCAAUUCAGUCCGGAGCACGAAGCGAUGUUGGUUCGUGAGCUGAGAUCAGCGGACAAAGAAUUGGCAAGUUCGUCGAGCAAAGGUCCUUCGUUAUCGAGCGGAGUAGCAGCAUCAAAAUUGUUGAUUGCAUUGACCGGUGCGCUGUGCGGGCGUCCAAACGUGACGUGCAGCGCGUACGUUCGUUCUGACGUUUUACCGGUGUGUCGAUUCUUUACAAACGAUCUUCUUUUCGGACGACAAGGGGUUGAGAAGAAUUACGGAUUGCCAAAAGUGUCGCGACAGGCUGUCGAUUUGAUCGAGCAGUCGAUUCCUCAUAUCAAUGAUUUAUCCGAAAUGGCAAUAAAAAUUGUACGUACCGAUAACGCUAAGAAAUAAAGAUCAUGUGUUGUUGCUUUUA